AUGGCAAGCAGCACCAUUGAUGUCACCAAGUAUGGUCACAGCCCUGUUCACCAUGCUGUUGUCACCAGAGAUUACGCCGGUCUCAAGAAACUAUUAUCCGCCCUCCCGCGUAUGCGUGACCCGUCUGAGGUCAAAAACGAAGCAGCUUCCGUAGCCGAAGAGACAAAAGCCGACGCAAUCGCAGCUGUUAUAGACAGGCGUGACGUCGUUAACCGAGACACGGCUCUUCACUUAGCUGUAAAGCUCGGCGACGAGACCUCCGCGGAGAUGCUCAUGGCUGCAGGAGCUGACUGGAGCUUGCAGAACGAGCACGGAUGGAGCGCUCUGCAAGAAGCCAUAUGCGGUAGAGAAGAGAGGAUCGCCAUGAUAAUCGUGAGGCAUUAUCAGCCCCUGGCUUGGGCUAAAUGGUGCAGGAGGCUGCCUCGGCUCGUGGCUACAAUGCACAGGAUGAGAGACUUCUACAUGGAGAUCACUUUCCAUUUCGAGAGCUCUGUUAUACCUUUCAUCUCCAGAGUGGCGCCUUCGGAUACUUACAAGAUUUGGAAGAGAGGUGCGAAUCUCAGAGCGGAUAUGACGUUGGCUGGAUUCGACGGUUUCAGGAUUCAGAGAUCGGACCAGACUAUACUCUUCCUCGGAGAUGGGUCGGAAGAUGGUAAAGUUCCUUCCGGUUCACUCCUUAUGAUAUCGCAUAAGGAUAAGGAGAUUAUGAAUGCUUUGGACGGUGCUGGAGCUCCGGCGUCAGAGGAAGAGGUUCGUCAAGAAGUGGCUGCCAUGUCGAAAACGAGCAUUUUCAGACCGGGGAUCGAUGUUACGCAAGCUGUUCUGUUCCCUCAGCUGACGUGGAGGCGUCAGGAGAAGACUGAGAUGGUGGGGCAGUGGAAAGCGAAAGUGUACGAUAUGCAGAAUGUGGUUGUGAGUAUAAAGUCAAGGAGAGUGCCUGGUGCUAUGACCGAUGAGGAGCUUUUCUCAAACAGUAAUCAAGAGAACGAGACUGAGAGCGAGGAUCUUGGAGAUAUCUUGACGGAGGAUGAGAAGAGGCAGCUGGAGCUAGCACUUAAGUUGGAUUCGCCUGAGGAGUCUUCUAACGGCGAGAGCUCUAGGAUUAAUACAAGUUCUUCUUUGGAGGAGGAUCGGGAGAUUCCGGUGACGGAUGGGAACGGGUAUUGCAAACAGGAGAAGAAAGGAUGGUUCAGUGGGUGGAGGAAGCGAGAGGAAGGGCAUAAACGAAGCGGUAGUGUUCCUCCAAGAAGCUCGCUUUGUGUGGAUGAGAAAGUGAGCGAUCUCCUUGGGGACGAUGAUGGUGGAAAACAGAUGAAACCGGGAAGGCACUCUACGGUUGAGAGUGUUGCGAGAGACGAGAACAGGGGAGUGAGAGAUUCUUCGUCGUCAAAAGCUUCAACAUCGGAAGGCAGCAGCGGAAGUAGCAGUAAGCGAAAGGAAGGUAACAGAGAGAAUGAGUACAAGAAAGGGCUUAGACCAAUUCUUUGGCUCUCUGAGAGAUUCCCAUUACAGACUAAAGAGCUUCUUCCGUUGCUUGAUAUUCUUGCAAACAAAGUCAAAGCAAUUCGGCGUUUGAGAGAGCUUAUGACCACAAAGCUACCUUCAGGAACAUUCCCAGUCAAGGUUGCUAUUCCGGUGAUUCCUACGAUUAGAGUACUCGUUACGUUUACAAAGUUUGUAGAGCUAGAAGCUAUUGAAGAUGAGGAUGAGUUUGUUACGCCGCCAUCGAGCCCUACUUCUUCAGUCAAGAACAGUCCUAGAGAGGAGACACAGACCUCAUCAUCAAGCUCAUCAUCCUCAUGGUUUCAGUGGAUCAAAACACCGAGCCAACAACGUCCAUCAACGAGCUCGAGCUCUGGAGGGUUUCAUAUCGGUAAAGCCGAAAACGAUCAGGAUCCAUUUGCUAUUCCGAGGGGAUACAAUUGGAUUACAUCUGAAGAGAAGAAAAAGAAGAUCCAAGAGAAGAAUAAAGCUAAGAAAGGCAAGCCAUCUCAGAGCAGCUGA